AUGGUGAGAAAAGCGGCUGAAGUUAAGUUAUCUCAAAUUCCUCUUUCAAAUAACUCCAUCAAAGACAGAAUAGAGGACAUGGGCAAAGAAAUAUUGGCUCAAGGAGUUUCAGAUCUGAUUUCAAGCCCGGCAAAAUUCAGCCUUCAACUCGAUGAGACCAUAGACGUUUCCAAUCUAAGCCAGCUUGCUGUAUUCGUGCGCUAUGUAAAAGACGACGUGAUAGAGGGAGAUUUCUUAUUUUGUAAGUUUUUUACAACAACUAAGGCAGCCGAUGUG